AUGAGUUCUUCACUUUUUGGUUCUCUACAAAAUGUUAUUACCCCGGAACAACAGAACAUAAAAACAUCUUUACAUAGCAAGAAACCAUCACUAAAAUUAAAAGUAUCUAAAGUAUCUGAAUUACUUCCCCCAGAAUCUACUAUAAAUUAUCAUCCUCCCACUGAAGGAUGCGCUUCUCCUAUGAUUGUUGGCCCUUCAUUUUUAUCACGUGGAAAAUCAGUUAGUAAUUCUAAUGAUAAUAUCGGUCUUCCAAAAUCAAAAUCAUUUAAAACUUCAUUAUUUCAAAAUCCACAAGAAGUUGGUCUUCAUAAUGAUGAUGAUAUCUCACCAAUUUAUGAUGACAUAAAAUCUAGAACAUUAUUAAAUUGUACUUCAUCUUCUCAAAAAUAUAAAAGCAAUUCACAUUCAUCUUGUGAUGAAGAAAUUUAUAGUCCUCAAAUAUCAACCCCCGUAAAGGUACCUUUACCAAUAUAUUAUCAAAAUUUUUCAAUAAUGGAAGAACUUUUUGAUCCACAUGAAGUAACGAAUAGGAAAAGAAGUGAUUCUUCAGCAUCUAAUUUUUCCGUGUCAUCAACAACAUCAACAACUUCAGGAAUAUCAUUACAUUCUUCAUCUUUGUAUACUAGUAAUAUACCACCAUUAUGCUCUUCAUUUAAUGAUUAUAUUGGAGAAUCAAUCUAUUCAGAAAAUAAUUUAAGGCAAUUAUUGUAUAAAUACACAUAA